AUGUUGGAGGGCUGUCGUGGAGCUGAAGAGGCGUUCGGAGUAUGCUAUUAUCGAGGAAAACUUAUCCUGUUGUCCAGCCUUGUUGUUGGAAUUGCGAUUGGCCUGCGAUUGUCAGUGAAAUCAUGGCAACCCGGCUCUUUGACUACGAUUUUGGAUGCUCUGAUUCUAUUUGGCUCUGAUUGGAUAUUCCGAUGGAAUCUGACCACAAAUCGCCAGACAACUCCGUUUAAAGGCAUCGAUCCGGAUGCGGAUUUUGAUCCGCACCUACGCCCACCUAGCUGUUUGCGCUACCCAUUCCACGUAGAUCUUCUCGAGGAAAAUGUACACCUAAGUCUGUUGGGUUAUGUGUUCAAAAUACCUCCCAGUGAUUCGAUUUUUGGACCUCACGGAUCAUACACGACAUAUACAGGGUAUGACGCAACCUAUCGGUUUUUGGGCGAGAACAGUCAGUUACGUUAUGCAUUGGACGGUGUGGAAACACGUGGUUUGGCCGAUCUCCUGCGUUGGUUUCAAUUUCUCUCAUCGCGUUACCAAUGCGUCGGCCAUCUUCCUGGCCUGUAUUUCGAUCCCAUGGGUGAUCCAACUGCCUACACAAAAUCGAUCUUUACCACAUGGGAGCACAUGAUUGAAGAUCAGAUCACGAUGCUGGUCACGUUUCCACGUUGUCAACAGAUGCGUGAUUUCGACACAGAGCUCACAUACGUGACAUGUCCCGAUGAAAUAAAACCGAAUGGCAAAGAACUUAUUUCGCGCUAUCCUAGACUUUUGGUCGAGCUUAGUCGACGUGCUCCACGUUGUGCAUGUGUGAGCACUGGUCUGGCCAAUCCACCGACCAACUUGUUACCUUAUCCCCAGUGUGAUCCAAGUUUGACCAGAUGUCAGUCUGUGCCCAGUUGA